AUGAUCCCACAAUUGAAGAUUCAUAUCGAAAACAAAGAUGGUGAAGGUUUUCUUCUAGUUUAUUCCAUAUCUUCGCGAUCCACAUUCGAACGUGUAGAACGAUUUCAUGAUCAAAUCACGAGGGUAAAAGAUACUGAACCAGUUCCACUUAUGCUUGUUGGUAAUAAGUGCGACAAAAUUACUGAACGAGAGGUCUCACGAGAAGAAGGAAUGAAUAUGGCAAGAAGACUCAAAUGUGAGUUCAUUGAAAGUUCCGCAAAGACAUGCGUAAACGUAGAAAGGGCGUUUUACGGAGUGGUUAAAAUGAUAAGGCUAAACAGAGAGGGCGGAAAAGACAGCAGAAGGAAUAAGAAGAAAGCAAA